AUGAAGCCGCAUGUGCUCAAGCGAGCGGUGUCCAGCUACUCCGUAAUGACGUCGACCAGCCUAUCACCUGCUCCCGUAGUGCCGCCGCGACUUCUUCGCCAUCAUGCAUCCGAGCAGCUGAUUAAAAGUGCCUCUGCGCCACCACAGGAAGCAGUUUUGCCGACGGUAUACUCAAGCAAACACCCUGACCUGAAUGUGAUCACGCCCGAGACUGUUGCAAAACUACUGAGAGGCGAUUUUAAAGAGCAUUUGGCAGGGUUUCAGCUUUUGGAUUGUAGAUUUCCAUACGAGUUUGAAGGCGGCAGCUUGAAAGGUGCCACCUCACUGUGUGAUCCCGAAAAGAUGGAGACGCAGUUUUUCCUAUCGACGACAUUGGAGCACUCCGCCCGUAUGGCGCUGAUUUUCUUUUGUGAGUUUUCGGCUAACCGAGCGCCGAAGAUGCUGCGCCAUUUGACGGUGGCUACAAGAGCUGCUUCGAGACACUGCAACAAGAGAUCUGUGGGCCUUCCGCUGUGUAUGUAA